AUGGAGAUCCAGAGUAAUCAAGCUAUUCAACAUGUAUCUGACGGCGCCCGCUGCGCGCCCGCGGGCUCCCGCGCACCCCGCAGCGCCGCGCCCCGCCCCACCGGCCGCCGCACCCUCGCCGCGCCCGUCCGUGCCGUCCUCGCCGAGGGCGCCCGCGCGGCCCCCGCCGACGGCUGCCCCCGCGGCGCGCAGUGGGUCGUCCACAAGUUCGGCGGCACCUGCAUGGCAUCGGCGGAGCGCGUCAACGGCGCGGCGCGCCUGAUCAUCGACGACCCCGCAGAGGGCAAGGUCGUGGUCUUGUCCGCCAUGGGCUCCACCAAGGAGUCCCCCAUCAAGGUCACAGACCUGAUCCUCAACAUGGUCAGCCGCGCCGCCAAGCAGGACGCGGCGUUCCUGGUCGACCUGGCGUCGCUGCAGGAGAAGCACGUGUCGGCGGCAAAGGCGCUGCUGGGGGAGGGGCCUGCGCUGAGCAGCUUCAUCGCGCGGCUGCUGGAGGACAUUGGGAACCUCAAGGCCAUGCUGCAGGCCAUAUGCAUAGCCGGGACCCAGACGGAGGCGUUUGUUGAUUUUGUGGUGGGCCACGGGGAGCUCUGGUCGGCGCAGCUCAUGGCGCUCGCCUGCCAGCAAAUGGGUGCUGACGCUGUGUUCAUGGACACGCGCGACGUGCUGGUGGUGUCCCCCACCAGCGACGGCACCAGCGUCGACCUGGACGAGGACGCGUCCAACGCCAAGCUGGACGCCUGGUUCAAGAAGCACGGCAGCCACCGCAUUGUCAUUGCCACGGGCUUCAUCGCCAAGAACAAGGAGUGA